AUGCGUGAAGGGACGGCCGCCACGAAGAUGUACUUCGUGCACGAGGGCGUUGUCGAGGUGUUGGUGGCCGGUGGCCAGGAGGUGGUGGCCACGCUGAGCGACGGAAGCUACUUCGGCGAAACGUGCCUGUGGGCAUCUGGGGCCCGGCGUCCAGUCAGCGUGCGGGCCGACACGUACUGCAACUUGUUCUCGCUGUCGGCGACCGCGUUUACCAGGGUCAUGGACCGGUAUCCCAAGUUCAAGGACCACGUGACCUCCGUGCUGGUCGACCGCGCCAACCGGAUGGCCAACAUAGGUCAGCGCGUGGUCCCCGGAGACACUAAGCUGUGA